GAUAUCGAUAACCCGGGUGACAGCUGACAUUUCUCUUGCGAAGAGGUCUGUUCUGAAUAAUCCCAGCAAGAGGGCAAUAAUUGAGCGCUCCAACACAAGAUCCAGCUUAGCUGAAGUUCAGAGUGAAAUCGAGAGAAUCUUUGAGCUGGCCAGGUCCUUGCAGCUGGUUGUCCUGGACGCAGACACGAUCAAUCACCCCGCACAGCUUAUCAAGACGUCUUUAGCACCAAUCAUUGUCCACGUUAAAGUGUCUUCUCCAAAGGUUUUGCAGCGACUGAUUAAAUCCAGAGGGAAGUCGCAGAGUAAACACCUGAACGUUCAGUUGGUGGCAGCCGAUAAACUUGCGCAAUGCCCACCAGAAAUGUUUGAUGUGAUCCUGGAUGAAAAUCAGCUGGAAGAUGCUUGCGAGCACCUGGCAGA